CCGCGGAGGUCACCGGAAGUAAAAUGUUGAGUCGACAUGACCAUGCUGGGUCGUCAGUGCUGUGGUAGCUGAUGUAUCUUGACAGAAAGAAACACAAGUUUCUUGAUCAAAAUUAGUUUUUUUACUGUUCCUUGUAUAUUGAAUUUUAUAGUUUGUUCAGCAAGGAUGUUUACUGGUAGAAUUUUUGGUAUUUGUUUGGCUCGCACGUCUACUUGGUCUCGACUUUGUGGAAAAGCAGACGACGUGACGAAAUUCUAUAAAGGUUGUGUACAUAAAAGUUUCUACCACAAAUGGCAGAUACCACUCUCACAUUAUCAGCAACACCUAACUACCAAACACAGGAAUCUACAUUUCGUCAAUUGUGAUACAGCCUUUUGUUCUCAGUUAGUUCCUGCAUGGACAUCUGAUAUUCAAAGAGUAUUCUACAGCACAGAAAGCAGUUCAACAAAACAAAAUGAAAAACAGCAGACAGAGGCUGCUGGCCCAGCAGACACUGAGCAAAAGUUAUCAAUUUUUCAGCGAUUUAAAAAGACGUACAAGGAGCAUGGGAAAGUUCUGAUUGGUGUUCAUCUCAUCACAUCCACGAUAUGGUUUGGUUCCUUCUACUUAUCAGUCAGAUGUGGCAUCGAUGUAGUGCCAUGCAUGGAGUCUAUGGGGUGCAGUGAAGGCUUCAUCAAAAAGUUUCAUACUGGAGGCCUGGGAGACUUAGCCAUAGCUUACUUAAUGUACAAGAUAGCAACACCUUUACGUUACACUGUCACCAUUGCAGGAACAAACUUUGCUAUUCGAUAUCUGCGGCGCAUUGGUCGCAUGCCACCAAAGUCGCAGGAAGAUUCUUUACGAGAAUUAUACAAGGAAGGGAAGAAUCGUCUUCGAACAUCCACUCUACGUUUGGACCGCCUUGAACGUAUUAAAGCUGCACGAGGAAAGAAGAAACAAGAACUUUUAAAGAAGCUUAAAAAUGAAAAAAAAAGUCCCAUUGUACUGGCAAAUGUAUUAGAAAUGUAUUGGCUAACAAGUUUGGACUGCUUGACAUUUUGUCUUUUCUCCCAAAAGCACUUGGUUUCCUGUGACCGUCACAUACAACUUUGCCAGAUUUGAUCAGGUGUUGGAUGACAUUUGCCUGCUCAUUUAUAAAGGGCCUUUAAGACUUAGGCUUGCAGUUUUUGAGCUAGAGUAUUUAUAAUUUCAGCAGGAUGGGCAAGACAUGACUUACACUUUGUGUCAGCCAUACUGACAGGAACACUUAAUCUUUGACAUUGUUGCUAAACUCUUAUGGGUUAGUAUUGCUAAACUGCUGGUGUACAUAACUGUGUGUGUUGUGUAGAUUCAGAUUAUUUUCUAUGCACGAUAUGAGAUACAGUUACCUUUUUCCCAGCGUGUAUUUUAGUACCAAAUGCUACCAUAGGUAAAAUUGAUGUUCUAAAGAUAGGCCAUGCUGUGUAUGUUAGGUUGUGUGUGCUUGACAUCUGAAAGGAUAUAAAACUUUGUUUCCACAAUGUAUUUAGUCUUUGCCAGAAAUAUUUAAAAAAAACAAGCAAAGAAA